AUGGAUUUCAUUACCGGACUACCAGUAGCCAGAGGACGAAUGAACAACUCAAUCUGGGUUAUUGUGGAUAGACUAACUAAGGUGGCACACUUACUCGCAGUCAGAGAUUCCGACAAGGUGGAAACCUUAGCCGAACUCAACAUCAACCAGAUAGUCAAGCUACACGGAGUGCCAGCAGACAUAGUGUCAGAUCGAGAUCCAAGAUUCACAGCAGCAUUUUGGAAGGCAUUACAAGGAGAAAUGGGAACGGAGCUCAACCUCAGCACAGCCUUUCAUCCAGAGACAGACGGUCAUACGGAGAGAACCAUACGUACACUGGAAGACAUGCUACGUAUGUGCAUACUUGACUGGUCUGGCGUGUGUGAAGAUUACUUACCCCUUAUAGAUUUUUCCUACAACAACAGUCACCACAUCAGCAUAGGAAUGUCUCCAUAUGAAGCCUUAUAUGGAAGACCAUGCCGGACACCAUUAUGUUGGACGGAGAUUGGAGAAAGAAGAGUGUUUGGACCACCAAUAGUUGAUCACACCAUGGAUCGACUACUGGAAAUCCGAGCCAACAUGAAGAAAGCUCAAGAUUGUCAGAAGAAGUACGCAGAUCAAAGGAGGAGAGAAGUCACAUUCGAAAGAGGAGAUAUGGUGUAUCUCAAGGUAGCAGCUCAGAAAUGGAAGCAUAGAUUUGGAAAGAUUGGCAAACUCGCAGUACGCUAUAUCGGACCAUACAAGAUCAUCGGGAAAGUAGGUAUCGUAGCUUACCGAUUAGAACUACCUCCAGAAAUGAAUCUACAUCCUGUUUUCCAUGUUUCCAUGUUGAGGAAACAUGUAGCUGAUCCAAACGCCAUCGAACCGGAACGAAUAGAAGACCUUCGACAAGACCUCACUUAUCCGGUGGGACCCAUCAAGAUCGGUCUAAGAAGAGUUAGGGAACUCAAAAAUCGGCGCAUUCCUCAUAUACAAGUUUUCUGGGGCAGACAGAACAGAAUGGUCAUUACCUGGGAAGACGAAGAAAGAUUUCGAGCCAACUACCGGAGUUUUUCAUGGAAGAAGCAACACAAAUGGAAGAAGGCGGGCCAUCACAUACAUAGAGAAUUCGGGACGAAUUCUUUGAAGUGGGGGAGAAUGUAA